GAGUGGGAGGCAAGCUUUGUGUAAAGAUAAACCGAAUGAAUAGACAUAGAUGCCGCUAUUUUAGGUUGCAUUGUAUGCGCUGUUAACAACUCUUACGCAUUUGCAUCAACUGCUUUUUGGGCACAGUCGCUGGUGUAGAGAUGGUUUUACGCGUCUGUGGCAAGAAGUGAAUAUUAAACUCUCCCCACCGCAAGGAAAUAACGGGCAGGGCUGCAAUUUUAUUUAUUUAUUUUCCCUCAUGCGUUCUGCAACGUUGGGGAAAACGUGAUCACGCCAGACGGUAUUAUUUAACCGACCAUGGAGUAAUGGUCGUGUGAUCUGCAUACGAAAGGUUCCGAAUGCUGAACAUGUCCACUCCCAGCGACCUCAAGUCCCCUUGUGUGACUCGUAACGGCAUGGUCAAGCUGCCCCCCCAGCCCAACGGCCUCGGCUCCGCCAGCAUCACCAAGGGCACCCCCGCCGCCAAGAACCGCCUGUGCCAGUCCGUGCCCACCUCCGUGCCCACCACCAUCCUGCCGCCGCCCGCCAGCCUGCCCUACCACCACCUGGACCCCCUGCCCACCGCCGCCUCCCUGCUGGGGCCCGACCUCGACACCAGCCCCCUGACCGCCAUGAAGCCCCCCCUGCGCCAGUUCCCCAAGCCCCCCGGCUCCACCACCACCACCACCGCCGGGCCUGGCAUGGACAUCGGUAGCGCCCUGAUGAUGGUGGAGAGGCAACAGCUGGUGCUGGACGAGAAGGUGCUGAACCGGCUGCUGUGGUACUUCACCACGGCCGAGAAGUGCGUGCUGGCGCAGGUCUGCAAGACGUGGCGCCGCGUGCUGUACCAGCCCAAGUUCUGGGAAGGGGUGACGCCCAUCCUGCACGCCAAGGAACUGUACACCUUGCUGCCCAACGGCGAGAAGGAGUUUGUCAGCCUGCAGGCCUUCGCCCUCAGGGGCUUCCAGUCCUUCUGCCUGGUGGGGGUGUCGGACCUGGACAUUUGCGAGUUCAUCGACAACUACCCGCUGUCCAAGAAGGGGGUCAAGUCUGUUAGUCUGAAGAGGUCGACCAUCACGGAUGCGGGACUUGAGGUCAUGUUGGAGCAGAUGCAGGGCCUGAUGCACCUGGAGCUGUCGGGCUGUAACGACUUCACGGAGGCGGGCCUGUGGUCCAGCCUGAACGCGCGCCUCACCUCGCUCAGCGUCAGCGACUGCAUCAAUGUGGCGGACGACGCCAUCGCCGCCAUCUCCCAGCUGCUGCCCAACCUAUCAGAGCUCAGCCUGCAGGCCUACCACGUCACUGACACCGCCAUGGCCUACUUCACCGCCAAACAGGGCUACACCACCCACACGCUGCGUCUGCACUCGUGCUGGGAGAUCACCAACCACGGCGUGGUGAACAUGGUGCACAGCCUGCCCAACCUGACGGCACUCAGCCUGUCCGGCUGCUCCAAGAUCACGGACGACGGCGUGGAGCUGGUGGCCGAGAACCUGCGCAAGCUGCGGAGCCUGGACCUCAGCUGGUGCCCGCGCAUCACAGACAUGGCCCUCGAAUACAUCGCCUGUGACCUGCACAAGCUGGAGGAACUAGUACUGGACCGAUGUGUGCGCAUCACUGAUACCGGACUGGGCUACCUGUCCACCAUGUCUUCUCUCCGCAGCCUCUACCUGCGCUGGUGCUGUCAGGUUCAGGACUUUGGGCUGCAGCAUCUGUUUGGCAUGAGGAGCCUGCGGCUGCUGUCCCUAGCCGGCUGCCCCCUGCUGACGACUAAUGGCUUGUCAGGACUGAUCCAGCUGCAGGACCUGGAGGAGCUGGAGCUGACCAACUGCCCCGGGGCCACGGCCGAGCUCUUCAAGUACUACUCCCAGCACCUGCCCCGCUGCAUGGUCAUCGAGUAGCCACCGGGGCGGCGACAUAGAGCCGGGAUCUCCAGCAAGCGCCACCACCCACAUCACCAAAACUACUUCCUUCUCCUUCAGUUGUUGAAAGCUAAACUGUAAAAAAACAAAACGACGACAACAAGACAUGACGACUUUUAAAACUGAAAACUUCAUCCUGGACCCUAGGGGGCAGUGACACACAAAUAUAAAGGGAAUACGACUGAGAACAGAAAGCAGUAGAGAGAGAGAGAGAGAGAGGGAAAGAUGGAUAGACUGAGCGAGAAUGUGGGACUUACUGAGUGCUCUUAAGAAAGAGGAUGAGUGCUCUUGUGAAAGGAGGAGGACAAGAGGGAGGCGAGGUGAAGAGAAGAUGAUAGGAGAGCUUGAAAAGGAGCAUGGAAGAAAUGCGAAGAAGACCUCAGUGGACGACGUGCAUUUUUGAAAAAAAGGGAUGAUAUGUGUAUAGAAAGUGACAUUUCGUUCCUAAGUCUAGAAUUUCAUUUUGACCACUGGAUAAUAGACAAGACACACAGGCAUUGUUAUGCUCUCUCAAACAUUACACAUUUCAAAUAACAUUUACAUCGACUGAAAUACAGUAACGCGAAUGAUGCCAACAGCAGUAAUACACACAUGAACUCCAUGGAACUCUCGAGUCCUGGCUUUGGUGUUCCGGAAUAGGGUGUUGCAUAGCGAUUGGAGACAGCAGAUGCUCUGAGAUCUGCUGCGUGCUAACUGUCAGCACACAGCAAGAGAAACGAGGGAUACUAAAAAGAAAGGAGAGGUCUAGAAGGGAGGGAUAGAACGAGAGGAGGAACGUGAAGGAGAGGAAUCAUUAACUAUUUACAGUGAGUUUUUGUUUUUCUCAAUUCAUGUGCCCCUUUUCACCAGGACACACACACACACACACCUCCUCUCCAUUUCUGUGUCUUACCAGAAAAGUAAAUAGUCAAAUUAAAAACUUAUCUUAAAGUAAAAAUGAAGACAAAAGGAACCGCUAUGUAGAUUUUUCUGCGUCAGAACUGCACGCUUACAUCGCUUCUUGUCAUGCGAGUCUUUUUUGCUGUUAACUCUCUUUUUUAAAUAUUAUUUUUUUAAGUAUUAUUUUUUUGAUGCCGAUCUUUGAAAUGAAGAAUGGUACUGACGAUGAAGAUUACUGUGAAACCUUUUCUUGCCAUGAAGGUUUUGGACUUGAGCGAGACAGAGAAAGAAAAAGACACUGAGGGAGAGAGAGCGAGAGAGAGAGAGAGAAAGAGCGAGAGAUGGCGCCCAAGGUACAAUGAUGGUUUGAAGCGGAGAGGCAUGAGCGCUACAGUGCUUCGGCAGAGUUACCAGCACCACCCCAUGGACUGUCUUGUGUCUGCAGAAUGCCGCUCACAUCCGGAGGACCUGAUUGGCUGAUUGAAAAUGGCGCUGCUUGCAUUCUGCGGACCUGAUUGGUCGAGAGGCCUAAACACACUCUCAGUGCAGAUGUGCUGAUGUACCAGGAGCAAUCCCACUGAACGGGAAGCAUGGAUGGAUUUUCAGGGUUUUACAUUUUGUUUUAUUUGUUUUUUUGUUUUUUGUAUGUUUUUUGCAGGGGCUCAACAAGGACCAUGCUGUACAUACAUACAAUAGAUAUUUUGUUGAGCUUGGCCUUUCAACAACACUAAAUAACAAAGCUUAGUUUUCAUUCCAUUUUUUUGUUUUUGUUUAUUUGAGUGUCAAUUUAAUUAAUUAGUGGCUUGUGUGCAGGUCUCAAUAUUAAUGCUGUUUCAAAUGUAAACAAAAAUGCAAAACUGUGUUGUACUUUCUAACAUUUUUAUUUGAUCUCUGCUGUUGGGGCUGUAGCUGCUUUAUCCUGAGGUCAAGCCUGGUGGUUGUACGAGUCUUAAGGGUUUGUCUGUAUUUUACAGAUCAGGGUGAAAUGCAUCCUUUUAAACUGUGUGUAGCAGCAUUCCUGUCAGACACAUCUCAGCUUAGGACAGCCGCAUAGACAAAACACACCACCCACACAAUGACAGGCAGAGAAAUAAUACUGUAACAACGCAAAGCAAAAAAAAAAAAAAACAUGGUCAUUGAUUUUAACCAGAGGCAAAUAGAUUUGUUUGAAGCAUUUGUACUUGUAUUGGCAUGUGUAAUAAUAAUUAGCUGGUGUUAACUUCUCAGCGGUGCAGAGAAACCUGUGGCGUAGGAAGCAAGUGUUCCAGCGAUGUGCAGGUAGCUCGUUAGGUCUACUCGACCUCUGCAAGCUCAGCUCAGUCCUCUGCCACUUGUAUAAACCCCACUUUGAAGCAAAACACUGAUUGACCUUACUAUACACACAGCAUGUUCACCAAGACCAAUGCCAUCCUCAGUACGCACUGCUUUUAUGGGAAUUUUCGGGGGGGAAAGUGUGGAUAUGGAAUGAAUUGUGCAUGUCCACAGGCCCCCUUCCCCGCUCCCUCUAAGCCUGGUUUACAGUUGACCUUGACCAUGGUUGCGUUGACCAUCAAGGUCAUUGCGGUUGUGCGGUUGACUGCAGUCAACUGCAAAUUUACAGCCAAGUAUUAGUGUUUGUACAGUGCAGUAGGACUGGAUGUAGACAUUACGCCCUUGAAACAUCACUGCGGUCUCUCUCACGACGGACAGUCAGUCAGACAGACAGACAGACAAACUUGCCACCUCCAGUCACUCCCAUGAGCUUAUGUUUCGUAUGCAUUUGGGAGGGGUUUUGUUUUUCUUUCUUUUGAGAGAAAUGCUGUUUACACACGGUCCUACGGUAGUCGCUAUCCCAACUCCCCACACGUCCACACUCCACAAUCUGGUGAAGCUAAUGUCUAGUCUCAGAGAGCAAAUAUCAGUGCUCAACCAGGACUGUAAAAACCACACUGAGUGCUUGUGUACAUAUUGCCGGCCGAACAUGAACAGGAGUGUUCUGAUAUUCGGUGAUCACUGCUGCUUUCUGUUUUUAUGCCGUACAUUUAUAGCAUAUAGCCACCACCACCUUGACACAGGACACUCUGCAGACAUGCUCUACGUGUGUGUGUGUGGCUGUUUAUGCCAUGACAGAGGUGUGGGGUCCUUGGUGUAGCCUACAGUAUGUGCAUGUGUGGUGUGGUUUGGUGUGGGGUGCAUUCGCUUUUGCCAUCAGAGCCCAUGUUUAUUGCAUUUGUCAUGCCACAGCUCUGCAGCCUGUAAUGGAAGCUACCACACUCUACAGAUGUCCUGGUGCACAUGUGUCGUUGUGAAGAUUAUUUAUUGGCAGGCUUGAGCUUGAUCACUCUCCAUUAUUUUUCUUAGAGGAAAUAAUGUUGACAGUUUGGUUGGUUUGAGCUUGUUUAUGAGUACGAGAAUGUGAGUGAAUGCGUGUGUGUAUUUAUUUAUUUAUUGAAAAAAAAAAACCUAGCGCAGAUUGCGAAGGCUAUUUUGAGGUGACCUUUCUCUUUGAUCCCUGGGUGCACUGGUUCACCUUUAGGAGACUGUAGGGGUCACGUUAUCAGGUUGUCGGGGGAAACAGAGCAGGGAAGUCCAGUUGACCUCAGCAGUCAACUGGUACUGUAGUUGUGUGAGACUUUUUUUUUUAAAUCUUUGCCAUCCAGUCAUUUGGUUAAGCCAUUUUAUAAUGGGUUUUGCCAAGCGAGUGCUGAUAUGCCAGUCUUGGGUAGUGCACGCCGUUCUGGUAGGCCCCUUUGUUGUGGCUCGAAUCCAUGGAGAUGAAUAGGGAUUCCGAAUGACCUCACAAUGACUUUUGCAAUUGUUAUUUUGCUCCAUCCAACACCAUCCAACGUGAGCUAGCUUUGCUCUUUUCUUUGAUAUCACUGUAUAGUACAACAGCAGGCAUGUUUCACAAGUUUGCUGUUCUAAAAGCUUCUCUCUCUCUCUCUUCCUUUCUUUUCUCUUCUCUUUUUUUUCUUUUUUUCUUUUCGUUGUGUUGAAUGUUUAAUGUGGUCCAUGUUGUGGAUUGAGCUGGUAGGUUAGUUGAUGGUGAGGUGGAGAUUGGUGCUACGAGCAAACACACCUGGCCUGGUUUCGUACAUCAUCAUCACCAAUGACAACCUUGACAAGUUCGGUGUGCCAAGUUACCUGCAUGGGCUCAGUCUCUUUGCAGCCCGGGCUAACCGAGAGAAGCUUGCUAAACAGACAAACAUCUUGCAGUAUUUUUUGUUGUUGCAAUUUUACAUGUUUCUCGUUUUGUUUUUGCCUUUUAUUUGUUUUGUUUUUGUCGUUUUAAAAAGGGAACCAGCAGCCUGUUUCUCGACAGUGUCGUUGCUAACUACUUAGCAACUUAGUAAGUUGUCUAUGGGAAAUUGCAUUGCAACCAAGUAAGUUGCUAACUUAGUUAGCAAUGACAUUGUCGAGAAACAGGGUCCAGACCUAGCUUAUUAUGCCGAGUUUAACCUGAAACACCUGCAUCCUCUCCUGAUGUCUUAUAUUCCUCACCCCACUUACUCAGUUAAAUGACGAGGAUAAAAAAACACACAUUUUACGUAAAAGCAGAGAAAAUGUACAUGCUGUAUGAAUUAUGUACCACUGAGACCAUGCAUAGUAUUUGAGGUUUAAAAAAAGAACUAUAUACACCUUUUGAAAAUGUAUUGUUUGUGUAUAAAAAAAGAGAACAUAGAAUUUUCACUGGGAACCAAGAACUUUUCCUGCUUUGUGAGGAGUGUUAAACUACACCAAUGUGGCUAAACCUUUUUUUGUUUUGUUUUGAUUUUGCUUUUUGGUUUUUUUUCCGUUUAUUUGAAACAAUUGAUUCGUAAUGGGUCCUUUAUGGUACGUCAGAAGCGAUUUCCUCUGGGCCUUUUGUGGAGCCCAGACAUAAUGUGUACAUACAUGUACUGUAAAUCCAGCAGUCAGGGAUGCAGGAUCUCUGCUCGUGUCUGGCUGUAUUCCUGCAUGUGUCGGUCCAUUUCUUAGUCACUGCUAGACGUGAAACAGAGCAGAGCGCAGAUUGGGGGUGGAAUUGGGCUGUGAAUUGAAUGCAACAAACAAACAAACAAACAAACAAAAAAAUAUCGACCAACAGAAGUCUGUCUUGUGAUGGCUUGCAAUGAUAUGCAUAGGCCUACUAUAAAUGGCUACUGGUUUGGCAGAGUGAUCUGAGUGAGGCGUUAUGUGAAUGAUGAGAAGGACAAUAGUAUUGUGGAGAGACGAAAGAGGUCAUCCAUGAAUGUUGACAAGAGCCGCUUCUCCACUCACUUCCUGUGAGAAGGGUGCUCAUACAUGAUUGGUUGCUGAUGGGACGUGAGGUGUGCUUCCUGCUACAGCAGGAAAUGGGGAUAGCAAUGGACGAUUGAUCAUCACCACACAUCCCAUUUUGACCUUCAAGGUUUUCCCUUUAGAGAUCUAUUUAACUGUAGGUGGGCAGCUUUAAAUGUAAUGAAUAUUUGUCUUAUCGACUUAGAAGGAAAACCUCUACAUGAUUCCCAACAAACCUAAUAAACAGUGAUUUAUUAUUCAUUUGCCUGUAGCCCCCACUCUCAUAGACAUCCCCAAUACUGCCCUACACACACGCAUGCACGCACGCACACACAAAUUCUGUCCGGUACACACAAACUCACUUCCAAAUACUUCCACUACUUUACACACCCUGGCCUUCCAGUUCCAGAGCCUAUUCCUAAAUGAAAGCCAUUUUAAUGACAUCGCCAUACUAACUCCGGCCUUCCCUUCACAACUAAUACAAACCCUCCUACCCUGCCUCUCCACAACCACCUCCAUGUCACAUUGCCCAAAACCCUACACAUGUCCCUUAGUACCCAUCCCUAGACCUUGGUGCAUGAUAGUCCAUAACAGUGUUGGCAGAAUGGGCUGUGUCCCACCCAAUUGGCCUACCUAGGAUGGGUAAAAAUGGGUAAAAGGGGCAUUUGGGCGGGUUUUUCUGCUCAUUCAUGGCCAUAGAAAUCAAUAGAAUUUAGUUACAAUUGGGCGGGAUUUAGGGUUUCCAGGCGGGUUUUGAGCAUUUUGUUUGGGCUGGAAAUCAUCAGUCUCAUCUGGACUGGUCCAUAAUACGGUGGAGGACUCUUCUGCAGUCUCUACUGCCAUUAUUAGGGAUCCCGCCCAGUUGACCUAUAGUCAUUUCCCCCAAAGAUUAGCAGCAAUGAUUCGAGGGCCAGAAACACAAUGUUUCACCCUGAUGAGAGGAAAACAUUUUUCAUUAUUUCUGGGUCAAGGAUGGCUAUAAUCUAUUGUAUCAACCCAGGUAUGUAAACAAAUAUGAUACACUUGAUACUAAAUCAUAUUAAUAAUAAUGCUUUAAACGUUGACAGACGGGUCAGGAUUGGGGGUUGUUGUCAUGAUGGUGUAUAGCUAAGAAUGCCCGGUUGUGAGACCUGUUGUGAACUGAAACUUGGUCUCUACAUAAUGCUAACUAUUUCUCAACUCUUUUAUCCUGUUGGAUUUCAUGAUUCUUUUGUUGACGUUUUUUCUUUCCAUAGUUGCGGCAUGACCAUGUUGCGACUUUUGCAAUGUUUUUGCUUUUGAGGUUUAUUUUCUUGAUUUUUUUUUUUGCUGUAAAUAAUACUGUGGUGAUUGAAUUGACAGAAGGAUAUAAAAGAAGACUUUAUAUUAACUCCAUCUCCUGGCUACAGUGCCUUGUCAGACAAGCGUUGUUGUUUUGAAAUGGUUGGGUUCCAGUCUGCACUGUUUUAGUAAA